CUUGCUGCUCCCGGUCAACAUGGCAGAAGCAGAGGCGGUGGACAAUUCCAAUGUCGAGCCUGCGGAUCGCCACAAGGAUAAAAGUGUUCAGGAGAUGACUAACGAGGAGCUGCAGACGUUAGUCGAUGAAAUCAGUGCUUCCAAUGCAGCCAUGCAGAGAGAGAAUGCUAUGUAUGACAAGUACUAUGAACGGAUGGUUCCCAAGGAAGAAGUACAACAACUUCAAAUUGUGCCUCCUGAAGUACAAGCAGCACAGAGCCGUUCAAGGCAUCGAUCCAGAUCUCGCACCGCAACAAUUGAACGCCUUUUGAACUUAACAGCAGAGCAAAAGUGCAACAUGGCUCAUAGAGAACUGGAGGAAACAAAGGAGAUGUUAGCAAAACUGAGACAGGAUUCAAACCGUACAAUUCAGAAUCUACAGGCUACCCUUGAAGAAGCUGAAUGUGCAUUAACUGAAAUAAAGAAAGUAGUCUAUGAAUUUGAACACGAUAUUGCAACUUUCUCACAAGGCAAGAAGGAGAGCACAAUUAUAACAGAAACACUCUUUAAGUACUUUGAGGACAAGAUCCAUGCGAAAGAAAUGCUGAUUGAUAAACUGCAGCUGAAGAAUCAUGCAUGGAAGAUGCUGAAGGCGAAAAUGCACCAACAGCUCCGGCUGAAAGAAGAGGCAGGAGAGAUGCUGCGUGAGGUUGACUUCCAUCAGCUGAAGAUUGAAAACACACAGUUUUUAAGGCAGAUUGAGCAGUAUAAUCAGGACCUCCUCCAGCUCAAAGUAACAACAGGGAAAACACAAAUUGUUCUGAACUCCUAUAAAAGGAAACUGCAGAAAAUGCUGGCAGAGACAAAACAACUUAUCAGUGAGAUUAAAUCGAGACAUGAACUGCUUCAGAAGAUUGAACUUGAGACUACGGAGGUGGAAGAAGACAAAGCCAAAGCAGAGAGGCUAAACAGGAAGUUUCGAAAUGACAUUUCCAAUUACAAAGUGCCAGACAUUCCUGAAUAUGUACAGGAGACCUGGAAUCACUUUGACCUAGACAAAAAAAUGAAAACCUGGGAACGCAAAGUGGAUGUGGCAGAGCUCUCAUACAGAACUUACAGUAAAACCUGGGAAAAAAUAAAAAAGUACAGUGAUCAAGCUCAAGACAUAAGCCAAACUGAUACAGAAUGAACAGGCCAAAGUCGGAACAUGUCAUAAACUCCUGAAAGAACAACAUUCACAAAGCUCCACUUAGACAAAAAUGAAUUUACACUUGCUGCAAAAGACCCAUGGGUGUUUCAUGCAGCUAGAUUAUUUGGCUUUAUAAGUAUUUCAGAAUAAAUAAAACCAGCUUUUGAUUCUGUGUUCAGUUGCCAACUUACAGUCUCUAAGACUGUCGUUACCAUUGAAAAAGCAAAUCGAACUAUACCUCAAGAGCACGCCACGACCUUGGAUUAUAGGGGUCCUUUCAAUAAGCCUACACCACGAACAUUUAGAAAAAUGGUAAUCCGACCUGGAAAGCCCUCAUGUUCACUGGGCAUCUGUGACAUGGUUAGCAUUUGUUGUCCAUUCAUACUUGUCUCAAAAAACCUGCUGGUGAAUAUCUGCAGUCCUUCAUGACACAGAUGAAUAUUGAAUUCCGCAGUCAAGACCCAGUGAUUAUGAAGGAAUAGAGAUUUAUUUCUAAGUCAGUACAGUGUAUAACUUAGAGAUAAACCUCCAGGUGGUGUUAUUAAUAUUUGAUUUCUAUCAGAAUAACUUUGGUGUUAAUUUCAGUAUAAUAAUACACACAGCAACUAAGUCUCCUAGCCUCUGACUUGUUCUUGCAAACAUUUAUGUAGCUGGUCUAUUUAAACAUCCAAUCACUGGGUGUUGAGAGUGGGAGA